GGAGUAUCAAUUAAUUGAUCCACAGGUGUAUUCCUGGUCAAUUAUCCAUCAUGGAGGGAGAAGAAAUCGUAACACCGAUGGAUGGUCAGCAAGGAUUUGUUGCCGUAGAUAUUGUGGUGUUAGUGCUUUACUUUGUGCUUGUUCUCGCCGUGGGUUUGGGAUCAAUGUGUCGAUCCAACCGGGGGAGCACUGAGGGAUAUUUCUUAGCUGGAGGAGCAAUGCUAUGGUUUCCUGUGGGGGCUUCAUUGUUCGCUAGUAACAUUGGUAGUGAGCACUUCAUAGGCCUAGCAGGAUCUGGGGCAUCAUCAGGCAUUGGUGUCGGUGCCUUUGAACUCAAUGCCAUUAUCUUGCUUCAAGUGAUGGGGUGGGUGUUCCUCCCUGUGUACCUUGCUGCUGGUAUCUACACCAUGCCUGAGUAUCUGCAGAAAAGAUUUGGAGGAAGGAGGAUCAGAAUGUACAUCGCUGUAGUCUCACUCAUCUUAUACAUCUUCACCAAGAUAUCAGUUGAUCUGUACUCUGGAGCUUUGUUCAUCCAGCAAGCACUUGGUUGGAAUCUUUAUGUAUCCAUCUUCUCCCUACUGGCUAUCACAGCAUUGUACACGGUGACAGGUGGACUGGCUGCCGUCAUCUUCACAGACACCUUGCAGGCGAUGAUCAUGUUGAUAGGAGCACUCUGGCUCUGUAUUGAAAGUUUCAAAGCAAUCGGUGGUUAUCAAAAUUUGGAGCCCUUGUAUGCCCAAGCCAUCGCCAACGAGACGUACUACUCCAACAGCUCCUGUGGUCUCCCUAGGGAUGAUUACUUUCAUCUCUUCCGUCAUCCCGUGAACUCUGACCUCCCGUGGCCUGGGUUCAUCUUUGGGCAGACUGCUGCAUCCCUCUGGUACUGGGCCACAGAUCAGGUAAUUGUUCAGAGAGCUCUGUCAGCUAAGAACCUGUCACAUGGACAAGGGGGGACGCUCUUUGCUGGGCUCUGUAAAAUCACACCUAUCUUCUUUAUUGUUAUGCCUGGCAUGAUUGCACGCAUACUAUUCCCAGAUAUUGUGGCCUGCACCGAUAAUUGUGAGGAGAUCUGUGGCUCUAAAGAUGGCUGCUCCAACCUCGCCUACCCUCUUCUUGUCAUGAAUGUACUCCCUAAAGGUAUCCGUGGCCUUAUGUUAGCUGUGAUGCUCAGUGCACUCAUGAGCUCCUUGACGUCGAUCUUCAACAGCGGCUCAACGAUCUUCACCAUGGAUAUCUGGAGGUUUCUCCGGAGGUUCCCUUCUGACAAGGAGAUGACUAAAUUGAGCCGAAAACAGAACAAGAAAUACGAGCUCGAGCUCAUGAUAGUUGGACGAGUGUUUGUCGUCAUUUUAGUUGCUAUUAGCGUGCUCUGGGUUCCUAUUGUGAUGAGUGGAGAAGGGGGACAGCUCUUUCAUUACAUCCAACAAAUCACUGCUUAUCUUGCUCCAUCAAUUGCUGGUCUUUUCACUGUUGCAUUGCUAUGGGAACGGAUCAAUGAAGCGGGCGCCUUCUGGGGGUUAACCGGUGCCUUCAUCAUUGGUAUGAUACGCAUGGUGCUGGACUUUGUGUACCCUUCCCCUGGAUGCGGGGAAGAAGACCUUCGACCUUAUGGCGUCAAACAUCUGCUAAUGCACUAUAUGUACUUUGCUCUUUUUCUCUAUCUCUGGACGAUGUUGAGUGUCAUCAUUAUUAGUCUCUUCACAAAGCCUAUUCCAAAACAAUAUCUGUAUCGUUUGACAUUCUGGACGAGGUUUAGCAAAGCUGAGAGAUGGGACAUCAUGGCUUACCAGGCUGGGAAGGAAGUGACAGACAAUGGAGAGAAGAAAGAGGGUGCUCUUCACUCCGAUGAAAAGAAGUAUGAGCCUUUAGAUAUUCUUGAUGAUGCUAGACCAGAAAAUGGUGCUGAAGAUAAUACCAACUUUGAAGGUCCAAACGAGGAGGAAUCAUGGUGGCAUCGAUCGUUCAACUGGUUCUGCGGUUUCUCAAAUCAAGAGUACAUCAGCGACUCACAGCUCAAAGCCAGGGAGACCACCCAGAUGGCUAAAGUUAUCCAACGCAAGAGAGAUAAAAUCAUUCUCAAUGUCCUCUGUGUCUUUGUUAUCCUAAUAGGCGUGGUUCUCUAUGGCAUUUAUGCAUAAUCAAUUUGUAUAUUCCUUAGCCCAUGAAGGGUUAAUGGCAUUUCCAAAAUAUUCUGCGAUGCAUGAAUGAUGCCGAAAGUUCAUUUCAAAGCAUGUUGAAAUAUAGGACAGUUGUGAGGUUGAUGAAAAAUAAUAAUAAUAUUCCGCAUUUAUAUAGCGCUUAAUACAUCAAAACGACAUUUCUAAAUGCGUUACAGACAUAUUAUUACCCCGGUCAUCGGAUCCUUGCAUGCCCGCAUACAAUGCAUGCACCUUCUCCACUC